CCCAUUGGAGAAGUAAUGAGGAGGCAUCGUAUGGACCCAAUACUUAAACUGAAAUUCAUCAGCCUGUUAUCCAAAAAUGUGGGUACCUAUCGUUACAGUGGAUGGAAGUACAAAAAUAUAUGGACUAUUGCACCUGAAAAAGCAGGGGCUCCCAGCGUCUCCACAGGUGCUACACUUGCUCGCCCCCAGCAACACUACGGGUAUAUUAAAGACCUACACUCGUCAGUCAUCACCAGUCAUCACUGCUUCCUCGACAUGCUGCUGCUCGUUAUUUCUCUUCUCGUCGCUGCCGUGAGUGCAGGGCCCGGCUACACCCGUGUCUUUACUGACCUCGACGGCAACGGCAACUACCUCGACUUCACCGACUAUGAGCCUGACCUCUUGGCAGAUGGCUUUGACAAUGCUAUCGACAGUGUUCUACAAACAGGCAUGUGGAUGUACUACGAGAACACCGACUACAAUGUGCAGGCCGGCAGUGUGUACUGGGUGCAUGGCAUAGACAUCGGAGUCAACUUCCCCAACGAUUACAUUGAUAUCACCUCGUCGCUGCGGUAUGCUGGGAGUCCCUACGUACUGAACGAUGACACUUGGACAGUGUACGAGGGAACGUCCUUCGCAGGGAGCGAGUAUUAUGGAAGCUACGACAGUGACUCCCUGGGCAACCUGGCAGGCAAGGUCUCCUCCCUCAUCCUCACCGGUGUCAGCCCAUGGACCAUCUACAGUGGUGAGAACUUUUCGGGUGACAGUCUGUGCGUCUACCCAGACACGGACCACGAUACUGGCGCCGAUGGCUCCGUCCUUGACUUCGGCAUCUUCCCCAACAUGGCGUCCCUGGGUAUCAACGACAACAGCAUCUACUCUGUAAAAAAGGGGUGCUGGACAAAGAAGGUUAUCAACGCCACCAAGUUACACGUGGACGGCAGGCUCAACAACGGUGCCUGGGGUCAUUUGGACCUCUAGAGCCUAGACCCCCUCCCCCCCCCCCACCUGGGGUUAUGUGAACCUCUGCCUGUGGAUCACUUGGACUUCUAGACCUUCAUAUUAUAUUCGGACAGUAUCUUAUCCUCUAGAACGAGAUAUUACUUGCCGCUAUAUAGAUGUCAUUUCCGAGCCUUCUUUCACUUGUUAGCAUUAUGACCUUUUUUCCGGGUGACAAAGGUCAGCUGUUAGCUUCACCGUAAGACGGGCAAAUUUCUGUUAUUUUUGUCAUUUAGGAAAAAUGGCCAUUGAGUCGCUAUAUUUAAUAAUAUAUAUUUUUGGCAUAACUAAGUAUUGGUAUUUGCUAGGAUAACUAAAAAUGGAUUUAAUAAAAAAAAUUGUAGC